GCGACAAUUUUCAGUUCGACCAGUUGGAGGACGGCGGCCAGCCAGAGACGUUCCUGGGCGCAGUUGAAGGUCAGGAUCCUGGUCGUGCUCCUCGCAGCCCCGCCUCGCUGGCUGCGAAGAGACUCGGGGAGGAGCUCGACCAACUGGAGACCGCGGCGGCGCAGACCCAGGAGUUGGCAGCCGCCCUCUCGAGAGGGCCGCCGAUCGACAUCGACAAUGCAGACGAGAAGUCCAGCGGCGCGCGCCAAGUUUCAGAGGACGAGGUCGACCAUGAGGACGAUGACGAUGAUUACCAUCCGAACGACGAGGCCGAGUCGAGCUGUCACGAGGCGUCGGACGGUGAGGAGGACCCCUCGUGUGAUACCCUCGUGCUGUUUGACCAGGACGACCUUGCGAGCUUCGCGCACAAAAGUCAGCCCAGACGGACGAGAACUAUCAGCCGAAGCCGCUCGCCGAGAGGCGCCGAGGACGCGGUGGGCGACGGCGCAGGCGUCCAGAACGACGAAGGCAGGGGCAAAGGCAAGGGCAAUGGCAUCAGCACCAUGAAGAGCAGGAGCGACGAGACCCUUGGAGGAGAUGACGAGGACACCGCAGGGAAGGGCAAGAGCUCCCAGGACACUUGGGGCACUGGCAAGACUUCUCAGUACAUGAAAAGCAAGGGCAAGGGCGCCGAGUACACCAAAGGCAAGGGCGUGGACGCCAAAGGCAAGGACAGGAGCUUUCGGGCCAUGAAGGGCAAGGGCUUGAGCGCCAAGGGCACCGCGGGCAAGGACGAGGGCAAGCACUGCGAGCCGAAGAGCGACGCAAUGGCGAGGGCGGCUUUAGAGAGCGGCGACACCCAUCGGCGUUACAACAUCAAGGCGGAGGCAGCAGGGCCGACUUCGUCAAGAUCCGCGCCGCAGACACCAGAAUCGGAUAGCUUGAGGCCAGCAACCAUCACCCCAGACAAGCUCAGGCACGUGAAGAACGCAACCGCAGAGCUCGCGAAACAGGCGCUGGAGAAGGAGGAAAUGCAGAAGGGCUGCUUGACUGGAGCGGCUUCGACCCUGGGCGAGGACGCGAGCGACCGCGGCUUGAUGCGCAGGGCCAUCAGGGAAGAAGGCACGUGCAGAGGCAUGGCCGGCGAUCUGGAGCUCGUCGAGUUGCAAGAAAAAGGUGGCAUCUUCAAAAUGCGGGGCGCUCUUGGGAACCAGUUCAAGAGAGAGGUUGAGAAAGGUGACACCCAGCUUGCGAAGGACUUUGCUCAAUGCGAGGAUGAGAUCGCGAUCGCGGAGUUCAAAAAGAAGUGGGCUUCCGACAAGUGGGUUGCGCUGAAGGCCAAGCACAAGGAUCGGAUCGACAGCUACGACGAGAGCUUCAUCAAGAGAGGUCACGAGGACGAGGAGACCGUGAAGGCCGUAUACGGCAUAGCGCAGCGGUGUUUGCAAUUGGGCCACCCUUACGCACAAUUGGACCCGCAGUCCAAGACGUUGAAAUUCCUCUACUUCACGAUGGAGUGGCGCGAGACGUUCAGGAGGAAGUGGGAGACAUCGAUUACCACAGAUCAUGAAGAUGCUCCCAAGACGUCGUUGGCAGCUCGCUCAGCGAAGAAGCCCAAGCCCAUCAGCCCAGCAACAGCUGCACCACGCGAAUCGAAAAAGCUCACGGGCGCGGCGGUGUCGGCCUUGAGCGGGUCAAAGGAGCUGCUGAAGAAGAUCGAUACGGUCGCGGAGUGGGCUUGGGGGAAGACCGACGACACCAGGGGCGCCAUCGUGAUCUUGAGGAAGGAGCUGCUCGCGGAGAUCAAGAAGCACCCGCUCGCCGUCAUGCUGAAGGACAACGUGGCCAGCCCUGAGGAGAAGACGAAGAAGCUGGCCGCGAAGAAGAGGACCACCGAGAGCGCGCACCAGAUGCUGCAGGGGGAGCCCAGCUCGGCACGCAAGAAGGCCAGGCAGGCUUAA